AUGGCACCGCUUCUUGUGGAUAAGGUCUAUCUGCCAGACUUAGAACCUUGCUUGAAGGGCGAGACAGCGAUUCUGUCUUGGAGGCUUGUUGCUUUGGCAUUGGCAGACAACACUGGCCAUCGGCAAAGCAGUCAAACCAUCGUAGACUUCCUCACCAAUCCCCAAGUCCAGACAUUCUUCACCAAACCCUCCACUACCUUCGAGGCCCCCGCCGGCGACAAUGACCCAUACAAACAGACCUUUGAGACGCGAACGUCGGCUGUUCAGGUCACACCGACCCCCAACGAUAAAUACGAUGUCGCAGCGAUAAAGGAGGAUUCGGUAUGGCUGAGCAAGAACGCGCGCAUCAACCUCAUUGCUGCAUUGCGCGUAGUGUUGAUUGAGUUCCAAUCUCGAGCUCGUAGCCAGCUCACUGGCCCGGUUUCGAGCCAAGAUAACUCAAGUCUUCAGGAAGCGGCUGGCGCUACCAAUGCGCAAGCAUCCAGCAUCCUGCCAGGGCUGAAUUUGACCAGCACACGCGACGCCGUGGAGAUCCAGACCGACUUCGACAAGCUGGAAUCCAGGCGGCGGCGGAUAUUUGAGUUCUACCUUGUGGAGCGACGCUACUUUUCCAUGACUACCGACUACAUAUUCACCCUGAUGCUGCAGGAGAGUUUGCCUACGUCGCCAGUGACAAAUGCGACAACCGUGAUACGCAACUCCUUCCUCCAGGCUUUCGGUCUCACAUCUGCAACACCCCAGAGCGAGGCACCCGCAAAGACAUACCAUGCCCUGGUGUCACAGUAUUUUACACUCGUGACUGGAAGCAUCAAUAAUAUCGGAGACAUGGGCUCAGUUGCCCAGGAUCAAAUCCUGCAUGACGUGGAUUUGCAAAAGGAAUGGAUGAAAGCGUUCCUCGAGGAGGCCAUUCAUGAAAUGACGGUUGCUUUCCAAUUGUUAGAUCUCGCCAACCAAGUGCUGGCUCCGGCUGAGCUCCUUCAGCAGUGGUUCCAGUUCCUCGGCGACACGUCGUUUCUCAACCAGCUUGAAGCAUUUGAGGAUCUUUCCGAUCUCAUACCACCGGUUUACUGCCUUCUUUGUGCAAUCUCGCUGACAAUGUUCAACAUCCCAAGGGUCAUACAGUACCUCGAAGGCGAAAUCGAUGUUGACAGUCAGGUUGAGUACAUUGGCUCAUCUGAGGCUCUUGAGCUAGUUCAUGAAAUCAUAAUGGCCGCUGUGGAGCGGAACAUUUCUCCCGCGAUACCAGUUGCAUACGGCUGGAUACCUAUACUGCAUGGAAUGUGGCGGUCAUACCAAAACCGCGCUGAGAAGAGGGACGCGCUGCAAAACCAGAAGGCUAUUGAAACAUACGACUCCGGCACGGCAAUGAUACCGGGCGCCGGCAGAAGGAACUCCGCCGGUAGCAUCACUACCAUCGACAAGUCCAGCUAUGACGAUUUUCUGACCAACACACAAAUGGAGAAAGAAAUAAAGCCGGCGCAGUUUCUUGCGGAGGCUGCGACAAGCGAGGGCCGUGUCUUCUCAAUCAUCACAAGAAUAGCUGAGUGGCUAGGUACCUCUGAGCACGUUGCGUUUGCUGCCUCGGUGGGGUCGAGGAUGAGAUUAGUUCUUCUAGACCUGUUGAAAGCCACAUAUACUUAUGUGCCAUACAAUGCUGAGUCUGUGACGGCUUUGAUUUCGCUCCUGUCCCCGGGCCACGACUACUGGAAUCUCUCAAAGCCCAAUAACCUCCUUCCCAGGCAGGACAUCGUGUCCUGUACACUGACUGACGGAUUCACUCUUGACACCUACUUUCACCAAGCUUUGAACCGGUACCCUUUCGAGUUCGCCCCUUUUUCGAGGCUCUGUCGGAUUCUUUCAUGCGCCACGUCAAGUGGGGAAAAGCUCGUGGAUAUCGUCAAUCUCCUGCAGAAAACACCUACACUUGUCUUUGUUAUGCCAGCAUACCACUUCAACCAAUUCGAACUGAUCCACGAAGAUAGGGACGACGACAUGUUCGAGCUGUUGGAGGAUAUACCUCUGUUUCCCGUCGUAUCAAGCCGGAAACGAAUACCAAUGGAUGAGGAGGAUCCAUUCAUCGUACCUGCCAGAACAACCGGCGUCUUCAUGAACACGGCGAGCGCUGAUGGUCCCCGUAUAGUUAGAGUCGAGUGGGAACAUUCUGCUCUAGCGCUUUUGGGCAAACGGUUGGAAGCGACCCUCUCUCCGAAGCUGUACCAACUGGCACUUGGCCAGCUGAGCCCGGAUGACACAUCUGAGGCCAUCUCCUUAAUUGGGACCUUGAUCCGGACCGAAACACUACGGGCUUCGAGAGCAGCUGGCGACGCUGAGGGCUCUGAAGCUGGGUUGAUAAUCUUAGCUGAAGUCAGCCGCGCCCUUCCACGGAACAAGGACAUCAUCUCGAUUGUCUGCGAAAUCUUGGACAUCUACCUUGAAGGCGAGCCAGGCGACUCCAGCUUGGCAGUGCUCACAGCGUGUUUCCAGUUUUUGCAUGCGAUAUUGCCCCUGUUCCCUGGCCGAGUUUGGUCUUACAUGGCAAGGAGCGCGGCGUUAAGCAACGAUUCGAGCGGAGGACGACUAUCCAGGCUCGUGGGAACCCUAGAAUUGUCGAACGCCCAAUUUGACUUCUUGUUGUCUGCCGUUCGUGUGUUCUCGAACCUCGUCGACAGCGCCAUGAGCAGUUCUGUCCAACGAAAAGCAGUCACAAAACCUUCUCCACGACAAAAAGCGAAUGAAAAUAUUUGGCUCGGAGUUUCAGAUAAGAUUAUGACACAAAUUACGGUCUCAAUCUCCCAUGCUGUUGUAGACAUAUUCGAGAGCUCGUCUACUUGGAAAUUUCCAUCCGAAGUGCAUCGGACCAUUCUCAUUCGCGAUCUGGUCCCGGUCAUGAAUAACGUCAUAACCUACACUUUCGGCAUAGAUGAUAUGACCAAGAGGAAGACUUUGACGACACCGUUGGAGAUAUCUGCCAAAUAUGUCAUUGACAGCUUCUUGUCCCCUGCCGCUGGAAGUCUACGCAUUCAACCUCUCUUGGCCACCCUGGUGGCGGCGAGCCAGUGUCCCAAUACAACCUUAUAUGCGAAUGGGCGUCAAGCAAUCUUCGAUCAGACAAUUGCUGUUCUCGGCCUGGCAACAACUCUCGUGAGGGUUGCCAACUUCUUUGACCGGUCUUCAACUACUAUCGAAUUGCAGCUAUUCAAGGCGACACCUUUUGUUGCCAGGGUAUGUGCGGCGAAUGAUGCAUUCAGAAAACCUGCAAUUUCACUCCUCGAGGCCCUUGUGGUCAGCGCUGGUAAAACCACGGGAGAGCCACCAUCGCUGCUUGGGUACCUUGGUCCUCGGACUUCACGAGCAUUUUUGCAGCUACUCUCGACUUUAGACAGACCUUUUGACCAAGCUGAACAGGUCGGUGCGAUAUGGCGCUUCUUUUCAACCAUUGUCCGGAAUAGACAGCAGUGGAUGGCCAAUUGCCUUCUUACUGGGAAAACGCCACGUGAUGUAAGGGAAGGGCACGACAAAACUUCACAGACAUCUUCGGAUUCUGUUCUUACGUCGGCAUUGGGUAGACUGUCCUCAAUCUCAUCCAUUCCUACCUCUGAAGCCCUCUCUAUCCUGGACUUCUUAACGUCUGCCCAGAAUUACUGGCCCUGGACGAUAUUCAACCUCCAGAAAAACAACGAAUUCAUGUCUGGCCUGCGGAGUUACGUCCGUGAGCUUAAGUCAUCUAGCAUCACCUCGAAGACGGAUGUUCUGCAGGCUUCAAACGAGGCCCGUAUUGCGGCGUACAUUGCUGAAACUUUUGCAAUGCAACUGUUCCAUCUGCGGCAAAUGGGUCAAGCAGGUCCUCUUGCCAAGGAUCUCGCACAGGACCUGGAUUAUUACUUGAGGGACGGUGUCCUUGUCUCGGGGUAUAACAACUCGCUGCAUGCCAACUUUUCAAGAAACUUUAGCAACCAAUACCCCGGUUGCACACUAGAGAACUUCAAGCGAACGCUACUUGAACCCCGGUCUCUUGGAUUUGAGUACUACUAUGCGUUGAGCUUCGCAGACAGGAUGCUUCAGUUCGAUCCGGGCUGGAUUGGGCCUCGGAACAACGGGUUCAAGAGUGAGAUGGAAAUGGCCAACGCAAACUUGUCACUUGUCGAUGCACAAAUAGCCUUGUUCCACGCUUGGGAAUACCUGCUGCUUGAACUGAGUAACUGCUUACCGCACAAUGAUGCCUUGAAAAAGCAGUCAUUGCAAGUUGCCGAGCAGUGCCUCGAAGCGAAUCAGUCAAAUCAGGGCCACGAACUCAUAUUUGAAAGGCUGACAGAAUCCCGCGUGAAUCUAGCACUCAUGCUUGUUCAGCGAGUGGUCAACAACACCCCAUCAGCAGGCGACGUGGCUCAACUGUUGACUACCUUAUGGGCAACGGUCAGCACUGUCGAAGAGCCGUACAACAAGGAUAGCAUUCUCCUAUACCGGACCCUCCUGAAGUUACUUUAUGUGACUCUGCGGGCCCAGGUCAGUGCAUCUGGUCGAAACCCCAAGGAUACAGCGGAAAAGCUUGCUAUGAACAACUCUGCUGCAGCUGUGUCCCAGACUGUCUUGAGCAUUCUCGAUCGUGUCGUCGCCGGAGGGUUUCGGACGCUUGUCUCCCUCAUUCAUGACUCAGAAGCCAUCAUAUUCCCCGAGGAUAUCGCAAUCUUGACUGCCAUCAUGCAGGCUUGUUUGUGCAUCCCAGGCAUUAGUCAAAGUCAGACUCAGAUCGUGAACAUCAUGGCUGCUCAUGAUGCAGUCCAUGUGGCUGUGUCGUUGUACUCCUGGUCCGACAAGUUGGCCGACAAGGGCGAUCCUAUUUACGGCGAGCUAUCCCUGCUUUUCCUACUGGAAUUGUCUGCGCUCCCUUUGGUGGCUGAACAACUAGCCUGCGACGGCUUGUUGAACCACCUCACAUCGGCAAGUAUGGCGUCGUAUCUCAGCCGUCCCAACGUAACGCCCUUUGCUGAUACGGUUGGUCCUCAACGCUGCUACAGUAUAUGGGCCAAAGCAAUCGUUCCCCUUCUGCUCAACGUAACGACUUCUCUCGGCCAAACCAUAGCCCCGGAGGUUGCGUACGUGCUUAACCAGUUCCCCAAUCUCAUGAAGUCCAGCGUCGAGCGUUUCGAGGCGCUGGGUGGCAGCCGAACGCAGAGCCGCAACAAAAGUUCCUACAUUACACUCCUCUCCGUGUCAGAGGUGCAUUCCCUGGCGUUGAUCACACGUGUCCUAGGCGUCUUCCGUUCGAACAACACAAGGGACGUACCUGAGGUUGAGUGGGAUUCUCAAGGACUGCUGGAGAACGUCGAAUUCUGGCUUUCAACUCGCAAGAUUCUGAGGGAACGACUGCUGCCUUUGGGACCGAGAGAGGCAGAGUGGAAGGCGAUGCCACCGAGUGACAUAGGGAAAGCCGCAGGCUGUGAAAGUAGGUUGGAGGAGAAGGUCGUUGAGCAGUUGGAGGCCGUUCGAGCUGUGCUGAGCGAGGAUCUGGAAUGA